AUGCGCGGGACUCUGCUUUGCGACAUGUUAUUGGCACUACUAUUUACACACGGGGUCUUCGCAUCCAAAUUUCAGGAAUAUAUUUUGGCACCAAAGCACCGCUCUGUGACGCCGCUUAGUCUGCAUGCUGUUUACGGGGACGUGAAGAAUGCAGAUGCACUCUGCACCAAUGUCCAUGAGCCUGAAGGCCUAAGUUUUGGCCCCAAUUCCUCUAUCAUUCUCGACUUUGGCAAGAAUAUCGCGGGAACCGUUGAUUUCAACGUCCGGUCUGUCUCUGGCACGGACGAGUACAUUGGCUUUAGUUUCACGGAAAGUUCCAUGUGGAUAAGUCCUUACCACUGUGACUCGGGAACAAGCGCUACAUAUGACAGUCCGCUAUGGUUCAAUAUCCCCAAGGAAGGCCGAUAUGCUGCCGAUAAAUCACACCAGCGCGGUGGAUUUCGAUACUUGAGCGUAUGGCACAACUCGACUGGAACAGUGACUUUGAAAGACUUGUCAGUGAGCUUCACGGCGUCGCCAGAGAUGGAGAAUCCUGCGGAUUAUCCAGGAUAUUUCAACAGUGACAGUGAGAAACUCAAUCGUGUUUGGUAUGCUGGUGCUUACACAAACCAACUGUGCACUGCCGAUCCAACGACAGGAAAUGCUUUGGGUAUUCCUGGUUCAAACUGGUAUUACAAUGGCACGAUCGCGAAUGGCACUUCGGUCCUCAUGGAUGGAGCCAAACGAGACCGACUUGUUUGGCCAGGUGAUGUUGUCAUUUCUGCCCCAUCUGUGUUUGUGUCUACCAACAGCCUAGACGGCAUCAAGAAUGCAAUCGAUUCUCUUUUCAUUCUACAGCAAUCUGAUGGACGCCUACCUUGGGCUGGAGCUGCAUUUACACGCCCAGGCUUCACGUAUCACCUAUAUACUCUCCUCGAUCUCCACCUCUACUAUCUCUAUACCGGAGAUGUUGAAUACUUGGCUCAUUACUGGGGUCAAUACAAAAAGGCUAUCUCUUGGACCAUUACAACCAUUGACAGCUCUAAGUUGGCAAAUGUUACUAGCACUAAUGACUGGCUAAGGUCUGGUAUGGGAGGCCACAAUGUCGAAGCCAACGCGAUCCUCUACUAUACACUUGAUAUCAGCCUGCAGCUUGCAGAGGUGCUUAAUGACCAUAGCCAGGAUGAUAUCUGGAAAUCAACCAUGAAUGGAAUCAAGACUAGCGUCAAUGAACGACUUUGGGACCCGGCACAAAACCUCUUCUUUGACAAUGACCACAAUCAGACUUCGAAUGCUAUCCACCCACAAGACGGCAACUCCUGGGCCAUCAUAGCUAAUCUCGUCGAUGCUGAACGUGCUGCUGCCAUUAGCACGGCCCUUACGGACCGGUGGGUCAAGCCUCACGGGGCUCCUGCACCAGAGGCCGGCGCAACAAUUUCACCAUUUGCGACCGGGUUCGAGGUGCAAGCUCAUUUCCUCGCAGGAUUUCCGGAUCGAGCCAUUGAUCUCGUUGAGUUCAUGUGGGCUGACUUCAUGCUGGAUGAUCCACGCAUGACCAACAGUAGCUUUAUCGAAGGCUAUGCCACCAAUGGCGACUUGCACUACGCGCCUUACGAUAACGACGCAAGAAUCAGUCAUGCACAUGGCUGGGCCACCAGUCCAACAUCAAGUUUGACGUUCUAUGCAGCUGGUAUCCAGAUUACCUCGGGUGGAGGGAAGACUUGGAUGGUGCAGCCACGGCUUGGGAAUUUGCAACGGAUUGAGGCUGGCUACGAGACCCCACUGGGCCAUUUUUCUGCCUCUUGGACGACCAACCCCAACUCCAAGGCCAUCAUUGGGAGCUUCAACAUGCCAAAAGGUACAUCAGGGACCUUGAUAUUGCCGAGUGUGGAGGAGAAGGUAAUUGUGAAAGGUCCCAAAGGCGUUGUCCACCCUGUGUCAUCAGCCGAUGGACUCAAAUUUGAAGGAUUGCCUGGUGGUCACUACCAAAUCCGCCUUGGGUAA